UUUUCACAGUGUCGUAUGGGAAGUGACCGAGCUCAGCAGUAAUUCCGCAUUUCGCGUGGCCAAUAGAAUAAUAAAAAGCAAAGUGCAUACUUUUUCCUGGCCCUUUACGUAACCCUGUGCUCGGAAAGGAUUAGGUGCAGUGGUUUUGUGUUGAUUUAAUCAUUUCGAUACAUCUCAAUUGCGAUCGAUGUAAAACGUGCAAAAAUCAACAUUCGCUCUCUUUCUGAAAUGGAGCCAUUGGCUAUUUAGCAGUGAUGUGAAAAUUUGGCACAGGGAGUGGAGUGGUUGGUUUGCUAGUUUUCAUCGCUCUGUAGUGAUAGUGAUUUUCCUGCUGCGGACCACUGAUGUGGCUGGAUACUGUGCGGAAAAGGGCGAGUGUUUUGUUCGAAUUAUUGCAACAUAUUGUACGAGGAGGUAGUAGUGAAAAUCUAUCCCAAUGACGGGGAGCUUUCGGAUUCAGCUAAUCAAUAUGAAUACCAGAAAUGCAGCUUUUCAAGCAAAGUUGCGAUGUCUUCAUGAUUUCCACGUGCGACUGCUGGGUAACCAACCGCCAGGACCUACCGGGUCCGAGGUUGCUAACACUAUCAAAUACUUCUCUCAAACUUUACUAACUGUGCUAAAAGAUGUUCCGUGCUCUCCACUGGAAAUGAUUAAAGAUCCCUCGUUGGAUCAAAUACGCAUGUCUAGCUAUCCCAACCUCGAGUACCAAAAUCUCUACAAUGCGCUCACGAUGCUGCUGGAUGUGGCGUCCAACAUUCAGUCCGGACUGCAGCUCUUCGGGAAGGCGUUUCUCCAGUGCUUGGGUUGCAUACUGCCCUUCCUUGACCGCGAUCUCAUCGAUAAUCUACCGUAUCUUACCGCGUCGAGCAUUUCCGUCCUGCCCGCUGCACUGCACCAGGACAUCAUCAACUAUCUGUGCUACUACAUUCUACCCUUCACCAUUACGCGCCAAAGUGACGACGAUCAGGAAUGCCACGCGUGCCAAUCGGUAUCGGCCGUCAUUAUGCUGGUGUUCCAGUACUCCACCAAUCCGGCCCACCAUUGCCAGCUGCUCGAAUGCCUGAUGCGCCUGAAGCACAACGUCGCCAAAGAUCUGCUGUGCGUCAUCGGGUACGGAACGGCGAUGUCGCGCGCGUCUGCCGCCAAGCUGCUCUUCUACUACUGGCCCGCCUUCGACCCAAACCUGUUCGAUCGGAAGGGCCUGCUGUGCAAGUUCACCAACGAUCUGGUGCCGUUCGUCUGCCAGCGGGAAUCGUGCCCGAACGCGGGCAACGCCGAAGCGGUCAAGGUGUGCUACGAUCACUGCAUCAGCAUUCUGUACGCGUCGGAUGCGCCACCGCCGCUCUACUUGUGCAUCGAGUGCGCCAAUGAAAUACACCGCGAUCAUCGGAAUCUUACGUUCGGCGACAUUCUGCACCCCAUGCAGCAGGUUUCCAUGGUGUGCGAGAACAAAAACUGUCGCUCACACGAAAAGUCCGCAGUAUCCAUCUGCUUCUCCAACGAGUGCGCUAGCUACAAUGGCAAUCACCCGAUACGGUACUGUCUCCAGUGCCACGGCAAUCGGCACAACAGUCGGCGGGGCAUUGAUCAUAUCGUGCACCGCAGCCUGCCACCGAUGAUGAUGAUGGAUGCCGAGAUGCAAACGUAUCUGGUGGAAUCGGUGAUUAGUCUGCUGCGCGAAGCCAAACCGCUUAACGUGGAUUUUCGCAAGGAUUUGGCCAACCUGGAGUCCAAGGCGAACGCUACCGGUGCGGUGAACGGUGGAGAGCAGCAGGUCGAUAUGUUGACGCUAGAAGAGCGCCAGCUGCUGGGCCGCUACGGCAUAUGGUUGCUGGUCGGGCGGUGCACCCCGACCGUCGACACGCCGGUGGAAAUAUUGGGACGCCUGCUGUCGAUGCUGUUCCACUGGUUCCACGUGACAGCGUACUCGUAUGACGGCCAGACAGAGGGUACGCUGGAAAAGCUGAAGCAGGACCAUAUAUGCAGCUGGCUGAAGGAGGUUCGCAUCAGCCACUACAAAGAGUUUAUCGACUGCCUGCUACCGCAUCCGCCCGAGUACUCGCGCGUGGGAGGCCACUGGGACUCGCUCGCGUCCCGGACGUCCCAUCUGAAGGAAGGGCUGCAGCGGCUGAUUUGUCUCAUACCGUACGACAUCAUCACGCAGGAGAUCUGGGACACGGUGAUGCCGCACUGGAUGGAAGCCAUCACGAACGACGUGCCGGAAAAGGAGCUGAUCGAGCUGAAGAUCGUGCUGAACAAGAUACUGGACGCGGAAAUGUCACCGCUCGGGUUCGACGCCAGGGCGAUGUACAAUUUCGUGGCGAUUCGGUUCGAAAAGACGACAGCCAAAGUGCAGCAGCAGGCUUUGUACUGGUUGCAGAAUCUAACCAAGCUGGAGAUCGUCAUCCCGCUGCCGCAACUGUUCGCCAUGUUCGGUGACGGGGUGCGCAUCAUGAAGCACGGCGUACAGGCCGAAAUCAACAAAUCGAAGGACUCGAGCCGCGGCGGGUCGAGCGGUGGAAGCGGUGCGAAAUUCACCAAGGAACGCGACCUGCAGCCUCCCAGGCGAAGUUCCAUUUCGCCUGUCGUUGAGGAUGAAUCGGGCAACACUUCGGCCAUUUCGGACGACGAAGUACCCAUGAGCAAGUGCAUGGAGUUUUCGACCGAUGCCGAACACAACCUCACUUGCUGCGUACUGAUGUUAGAUAUUCUGUUGCGACAGAUGGAGCUUCAGGAAAUUGAGAUGCAUUCCGGUAUCUACACUACCGUGGCCGAAAAUGUGUGCCGGUUGCUAAAGUGCAUGGUAACAGCCGCUAACGUUGGCAUGGGCAAUCACAGCUGCCGGCUGAUGGAUUGUGCAUAUUGUGAAACAUCUGUUAUGUGGCAUCAGCUGUCAACCAAAUUGGUUCAGUAUCUGGCUCCGGUGAAUCCUGUCAAUCCGCCCGAUCCACCCUUACAAAUCGUGAUAGACGAUGAAAAAAUCCGCAAAAGUCCCCCCGAGCUGGAAAAGGAGGCAAAAUCCAACGAACGGGACAUCUCCCUCUCGAUGGCGCCCUUACACAUACCGCUUGGUCCACUAGUCAUGCCUUCUAUUCUUGAUGAUGCCGGAAAAGUCAUUAUUAUGGCAGGUCCAGUGCCGGUAGCAGUUCCACAGCCGGAACCUCACUCGGUUGGUGGUGUAUUAGUACAUAUGCCGCAUGUUUGUUCUAUCAUGACGGCCACGGUGGAAACAGUUUCGGAACAGCUCGAUCUAGCUGCCAUAAUGCCUUCGGAAAAGGUGGUACCGGCGGUGGCAAGAUCGGUCACCCUAUCGGAAGCAGACGUUGCCACUGCAACAGUGCAGAUUGCCAAACCGAACGUGAUUGGCGAAAGCAGCUCGGAAGGCGGUGGUCUGGAUUCGGAAAACCUGGACGGGUCCCAUCCGUUCGACGGCGACGAAGAGUUUUGGCACACCUCGGUUGGCAAGUUCAAAUUUUCGAUUGACACGCUGCCCCAGUCUUUGCAGUUCAUCUAUCAACUGCUGAAGGAAAUACCGCACAUCGAUAAGGCCGACAUUCUGUAUUACGUGCUCCAAUGCCUGAACGUAAUGGUGCUGCAUGGUGAUGCAUUCGUGAAGGCUGCUCGGGACAAUCGCGGCUUCUUCAUCUGGUGUCAGGAGAACAUGCUCAUUAAAAACCUAUGGGAACUGUGCACCGCUGCGCAAUCCCAUAUUUGUCAGGUAACAGUGCCCACUUUGCUGCACUGCAUCACACUUCCGAUGGGUUCGGAUGUGUUUUGGAAAGUUAUUCAGGAAGCAUUCCACGACGCGGACUGGCGAGUUAGGUUCGAGGCGGUAGAACGGGUAACCGUCAUUACCCGAUUCAUGGACAGUACUCCGCUGCGCGCAGAAGUUAGCCUUCAAACGGCGCUGGCUACUGCGUUCUGUCACCUGAUAGCGGCUUGCGACGAUCUGAAUGUGCAUGUCGCCCAGCGGGCCACGCUGUAUCUCGGCACUAUUCACGAUUACGCGAUCCAGGCGCUGCUGUACUGUCUGGAAAGCCAGUUCGAUAAAUUCAUCAUCGAUCGGCCGGUAGUGCUGCAGUCCAUCUAUCAGCUGCACAACUCGCUGUCCGAUCGCAAGGUGCUCACGUGGGAUUUCUUCCUGAAUCGCUUCGAUACGCUGUUCGUCGAGGCGCAGGUGAAUCUGGAGCGUGUGGGAGACAUUUCGUAUAUGCGCGAUCUACGGAAUAGCGAGAACGGCAGCGAGAUCCUUUCGACGAAGAUCAACAAAGCGCGCGAGGCCCUCAGCCAAUCGGAUACGACCGGAAGCAUGUCGAAGACGCUGAGCGCUUCCUUCGGCACCAAAUGGCCGUACAAGCGUACGAUGAGCGCACCGGCAACGAUAAUACCGCGGCAGGAAUCAAAAAUCGAAAAGGAAAAGGUCUACAGCCGCCAAGUGUCUGCACCGAUUUUGAAGCGGAAAAGCUCCCGUUUCGGGCUGGAUGGACAUGUUCACUCGAUCAGUGGACAGAACGAAGAUUUCCACUUGGGAAGCCUGUACCGAGUGAUCGAUCUGGAGGAAGCGGACAAGGAAACGAUCCACCUGCUCGUCUUUCUACUGAUGCAGUUCAUGUCCCGGCCCGACCUGGCUUAUCCCACCGACGAGAAACCACUGUUCAAAAUUCAGUCAAUCGUGCUCCGGCACCUGUAUCUGCUGUUGGGCUACAAUCAGGGGGAAAAGUUCUUCCACGUAACGCCGGCCCGCCUGCGCUGCUCGUCCGUGUUCAACGCGUUUAUGGCCAAUCUCCCGCAGGUGCUCGAUCAGAACCACCAAAUGGGUUGGCUGCUACUGCCAACCGUCAUUCAGCUGCUGCUGUACGCACCGAACCAGACGAACGGUGCGUUUAUGCCGCCGGGCGCGGGCAGUGGCAACGAUCAAAAUCACCACAAUAAUGUAGUGACGUACAAUUUCUCCAUCUGGUACCUGGAGCCGCAUGUGCGUCGGAACUGGCUGAUGUCGCUGCUGGUCAUUCUGUACAAGUACCAGUAUAACCAGGCAUCGAUGGCCGAUCAGGUGCAGAAUUUGAUUCGGCUCGUCAUCAACUCGCUCGACGCCCAGUUCCACAAAUGCCGUCGUAUACCGACCACAAUCAUUAUGGACUAUUCGGCGACACGCUUACGCAACCAGAGCCAACCGUCGCUGGGAGCCACCUCGGAAUUGGGAGACGAAAAACGACAGACUAUCAACGACAGCAGCCCCCCGUACAGCCCGCUGCAAACGACCACCCUUUCCUUGUACGGGUGCGAGGAAUCGUCCAAAGCGCGAUCCUCGCGCGGAAAAGCUGGUGGUAAGGCACGCAAGCACCCGGAGGCAGAUGGGGAUGAUACCGAAUCGGAGCUGGUUGUUAUACCGGAGAGUGAUGUCAGCGACAGCACAAUUCAGGAGAGCAGUAUGCAGGGUUCUCUGGAAGAUACGGCAAGCAAUGAUGACGAUUCGAAUGCCCUUAAACCAGACACCGGAAGUAAGGUAAAGGAGGGUUUAGCCAGCCUCAGCCGGACGAACCUGUCCAUUAUAUGUGGAGCUCCAAAAAUGACAGCAGGUGUGCAGCAGCAUCAGCCACAGCAGAGCAAAUCGAAGAAAUCCCAACAAGCGACAAUGUUGUCCCUGGAGCAGGCGGACACAGCGGCCUGUAGCGGCAUCGCCAACAAUAGGGAGCUCGAGAAGGCUGCUGCCCCGGUUGGUAAGCUGGAAAAGGCCGAGAAAUCAAGCAGCAACAUUUUCCGCAUGCCUUCCGCUUUUCAAAUGUCGUCCCAAAAAUGCUCCGUACAGGAGGGUGUGCGGAUGAUGGUCACCUCGUCAAUGCUGGGGCAGCCGAAAGCGCAGGCCAUACUGAAUCCCUUUGCUAACGUGCAGAAAGCUAUCGUCGUGACGCAAAGCACCAGCAGCGGUAGCGGUAGCGCGUCCAACGGCACGAAGGAAGCCGUACCGAAAUCUAGUCCGACGUGCGCCAAACAAGAUGAACUCGCUGGUACGUGUAAGAAACCCGCAAGCACCACCUCCGUGACGUUGGAUGCUGAACAAACGAGUGCCGUAGCGGCCACAGAUCAUCACAUACUCAAGCAACCUUCAGAAGGCUCCAGUGCACCAUGCGCUCCAUCCAACGAGCCACUAGUCGAAGGCUGCGAACGCAAAUCUUCACUGUUUGAUGCCGCCGGCGAACCAUCAUCUAAAGCAUCCAGCAUUAAACACAACCUUCCCAGUGGUUUGGCUAAAAGUUUUAUCCAGCAAUUGCCUAUCCCGACGCCAGAACGCUUGCUACCCAUCGGCCAAUAUGCAACAGAGAGCGUUAGCACUAUCGUGGAAAGGGUGCGCGAAGGGCUGGCCAUACCGGAAGCAACGAGUUCCAACGAAACAACCGACGAUCGAUCCGAUAGUGCUGCAAGCUGCUGUCACGCACGAGAUGCAUUGUCAUCGUCUCCUAGGAAAUUGACGAAGCAAAGUGCUCUAGAAUCUCCACCGCAGGCUCUGGUGAAUGAGAAUGAGUUCGGCCAGCCUCGUAGGUCUACUACCAUUGGCAGCGCUUUUGUUUCGCACGCGGAACAGCAAAGUGUACCAGCCACAGCUGGCGAUAGCAAAAAGGAGAGUCUGCCAGCACAGAAGCAUACGAAGCGAACGAAAAUGUUCAGUGACAGUCAGAAGGACACGCGCGUCAAGUACGCAGGUUCGUGGGCUCCCGAUGCUAAAGACGAUGGGUCCGAAAUCGAUGAACCAGAGAGCUCCUCCUGUCCCGAGAAAUCGAGCAGCCUACGGAUUGGGGAUGAGUGCAUAUGCCACCGUUGCACGGAAUGUGGAGCGGUAAAAGAGGAAUACACCGAUGAAGAGAUGGGCAUCAUGCUGAUCGUGCUCGGCACCUUCAUCCACCGCGAACCUUCACUUGGAGCACCAUUCUUACCAGAAAUAUUAGCCAUUGUGUCCAGAAUUUCACUGCAUCCCACAUUUCCCUGGCGAUGCGAAAGUCUCACUCAUCUGCCAGGAGGUUCCCAAUCCGUUGCGCAUCAGUUCAUCCGCUGCGUACUGCACCAGCUUGCGCCCAACGGAGUGUUCUAUCAGGUGUUUCUAACGCAGAAGGAUGAGAUAACGCGCAAGCGGUUCUACCGCAGCGUGUCGAACAGUUUGAACGAUUUUUCCGAGCUAAACCCAACGAGCCCCAUACAAAUGCUUGCCGAAACGCUGAACGCCAAGAAAACGCUCCCGAUCGACCUAUUGCCCGUAAUUUUCCGAAACUUGGCCGAAUACCUGCAGUGCCUGCCAAUAGAUUGCAUCGCUGGCAGUGUGUGGUUGCCGGUGAUACAAGCACUGGACAGCUUGCUGCGCCGCGUUAUUCUGAUAUUGGGGAACGUAAGCGGGUCCGAGCAUCUGCUGGACAUUAUGGUCGCUUUGCUGAAAGUGCCGCAGCUGUCGAAGAACAUAUUGGAACCGUUUUCGAAGAUCAUAAGCUUCGCCAUUCAGAAUCUCCACCUGACGCAGCGCGUGUUGGUGGACAUCUGUAGCCUGAGCGGGCGCGCUUUUGCAAAGGAGCGCGACAAGCUGUACCUCGGCAGACAAAUCGUAUUCGACCUGGUGCAAGCGCUCAAGUUCAAAAUCAACGUUCCGGAUAGCAACCUGCUGCUGUUGGUUGGUUUCCUGCUGCAGGACGCUGGCGGCAUUUUACCGCCCGGCAUCAUCGGGGACAUUUCCUGCGGCGAAUCGUUCGUACAUUCGAACUGCAACAUUUCGGAAUGCAUGCGGCAGCCCUAUCUGAACGAUAUUCUUGAAUUUUUGGCGGACUUCCACACGCUGAGCAAAAUCAAGAAUUUGAAAGCACCCAGCACCACGCCGGGACUGUGCGAAGACACAAUAGGUGGUGUGCUGAAGGGUGCCAUCGCACAGUAUCUUGCGCUCGAGAUGUCGCGGGGCAACUCAAAGGAUAGCCGGACGGUUUCCAAGUAUCUGCCGUGGUUAAACAAUGCACCGUCGUCCCUGCAGCAAGGACCGAAAGAGUUUACCGAAUGCGUGGGUCACAUGCGGCUGUUGUCCUGGCUGCUGAUGGGUUCCCUAACACACACGGCACUGAUCGUGCGGCGCAUCGGGGCCGGCACGACGGCUCCACAUCAAAAUCACCAGCGAAGCAGUGCCCUCAUCAUACAGCCCGUACCGCAGGAGGCCAGUUGCCACAUUGCCGAUCACGUGCAAGUCAUUUUUGCCGGAUUUGCCGAACAGUCAAAGACAUCCGUCUUGCAUAUGUCGUCCUUGUUUCAUGCGUUCACGUUGUGCCAGCUGUGGACGGUGUACCUGGAGCAGGUAGCCAGUUUGGCGGCAAUUUCCUCCGAAGCGUACAACACCACCCUUAGUGUGCUGUUCGAGUUUUGGGCGAAAGUAACACCCUGCAUUCUGCAGUUGGUGUCCCACUCGAAGCUGUCGGAAAGCGUCAAUCUUCACUUUUUGGGACUGCUGGAAUCGUUGAAGGAAACGAGAUCCACUAUUCUGGCCAAGCUGCUACCCCUGUGGACACCGGUCCUUUCGUCCAACACGCAACUGUCCGGAACGCUGCACGUUCGGCUGCAGAAUUGUCGUGAUGCCGUUCCCAACGUCGAGGAGCAAGAUUUCCACGCAUCCGAAGCACUGCUGAAAUGGUUACAGCGACUCCAGUUCAAGAUGGGUCAGAUAGAGCUGCAGUCUUCAACGGCCACACAGUUUUACUCGAUUUAAGCGCCGUGCCAUACAAUUCUGCAGCCACCGUAAUGCAUUCUUUUGGCGCGCGAUCUAUGAGCAUACGCGCUUAAAGCGUUACUAGUCACAUGUAGGAAAGAAGAUGUCUAAAACUAAAUAUUAUAACAACACAGAAUGGUAUUAUAGGAAUGGCGUUAAACGUUUACGCUCGGUGAAGGCGUGUGCGCGUGUUAAUCGUUCAUUAGCAGUAGCAAGUUCAAAUUUGUUCUAUGGAAACAAUAAAGUAUACGUGAUGAUUGGAAUUGAAACUUUGUUUCCAAUCUCGCGAAUCAAUUUUGUCAUCGA